UCGCGGGCGCUGCGGGAACCACGGGUCCAGCACGGGGCACAGAGGCAGGUGUAGCGACACCGACGGGGACGGGGACGAACGAAGGGCACACCGAAGGGGACACCCACGGGGACAACUACGGCGACAGACUCCGAACGUUGGGCGGUAGUUUAUGUUAGCUUGAAUGGGCUCUGCAGGGGAUCUCUGGAGAUUCCCAAUAUCAUCUAAAGCACAAUUAUGAGCCAUUCUGUACGAUUCGAACACCAUCAAAUGCAGGAGAUAAUACUCAUAGUUCAUGCUCAUUCGUAGCCAAAGGGGCCAUGGCAUAUCUAGGGACAAGGCUACAGUGGUUAAUCGUUUAUAGAGGGGGAAUGGGGGGACGUUUAUGGGGGGUUCGUGUGAGGAGACUUGGUUUUUUGGGCAGCCUUUUGGCUUUGAGUUUCCUUGGGAAGGGGCUACGAUGGUGUGUACGAUUGGGUGCGGGCUCGGACUGGAUAGGAGACGGCAGCGGACUGGCUACGCUUGCAGCACUUAUUUUCACUGUUGGAAACCCUGUUGUACUCACCUCAAUCGACCCUCACUCAUGUGCCAUCCAAGAUCGAGAAAUGCAGCGGGAGAAGGUCCACAUCACCUCGUACAUGCGAUGCCGCCAACUUGAACACUCGCCCGCCCAAUGUAUAUGUAUAUGUAUAUAUUGUGUACUCACUCGUCCUGGUAUUCGGCCCGAUGAGUGUCUUAAAUGUUUGUGAUUGAUUUUCGUGUCGUUCUUUUGGUUUCAUUUAUUUUUCUUGCAUUUUCUGUUGUUUUUGGGCUCUUUGGAAAGCAGGCAGCCGAAAAUAAUACAAAACCAAAACAAACAAAAAACAAAAAACAUAAAAAUAAAAUCAAUAUUAAAUACUUCCCCAAGGAGAGGCCCGCACCACAUUCAGCUUCAGCUUCAGCUCCGACUCCGGCCUCCACUCAAAUUCAGAUUGAGAUUCCGUUGAUAUUUUCCUUGUUGUCGGUCCGUGGACUGCGCCUGCGGCCGAGUGGAGCACGGACAGGGGGCAUUCCCCCCACUCGUUUCCGAGGAUAUGCAAUAUCCUGUUCAAGGCAACUGUUGCGACCAAGAUGACGAGUCCAGUCUGUGGACGAGUCUGGAUAGUUCUGUCGGUAAAAGCCGCUUAUCCCCAGCCUGAUUCAAUUGUGUCAACCUGCUGAACAGCCAGCAAAUCCCAGAGCAAGUCCAGGCCAGCAAGGAGGCGGAAUGGCUGGCAUGUGGACCUCCCGCACUCCCGCAAUUGUGUGGUUGACAUCCGUAAGGUGACUGCUGGGUCAGCAUUCGCCUUUCCGUAGGCCUGGAGCACGGAGCUGAGCACGAAGGCGGCGGAGACCAGAUGUCCAAAGCGAUGCGGUGGCCAACUGGCCAUUGGUUUGUACAGUGCGUUUCAGAUGUUUAAGCCAGUCCAAUGUCAACUACAGAACCAUUAUCCAUUGAUUUCCGAUAUUAAUAUGAUUCGGAGACUACGUUUCCUCCACUCUUUGAGCAUUUUUCAGAGUUCCAAUCGAGUUUAUUUAGUAUUUUUCCAGCAUAAAGUAUCAGUUACUGAAUGGUAUCACUUUUCGAAAUGAUUCAGCCAAUGAGGCUAUCCAUCUAAGCAAUUACUAUCGUAAUCUUGCUUAUCGGAAUAUCAAAAUAAUCGAAUUCUCACAAUCAAUGAUACCACUAAUCGAAUGGCUAAAAGUGCAUUGUCAAAGGAGCACUGUCAGCCUUCGGCAUUCUGCAUUCUGCAUUGUAUCUGUUGCUGUUUUUGAAACGCACUGUACUGGAUUUUUGUUUUUUGAAUUUGAACCAGCUCUUGAUCGUUCCCCCUCUCCAUCCAACCCGUAUCCGCAACCCAUAGAUGUCUUUGUCUACGAAGAAAUGAUACGUAUGGAGGCCGUUCCUAAGAAAAGGCAGAGUCGUCGAUUCUCUCGCCUUUGCGAAUGCUGUUUUGCGUGUAUGUGCACAGCAUCCGACGAAGCUGACAAGACCGACGAGAAGUUCCAUCGGCGGGCCUCGGUCAAGAUGGGGGUGCGGGUCAUCUACCGCACGGACGUCUUUCAGCACUCGACCACCGAGCACUUUGCCACCUGCUCCGGCUGCCACCAUCAGGCCGGGCGCAAGUCGUCGCCGCCGGCCGCACCAUCCAGCGCCACUCUCCCGGUCAACAGGGAGACCGCCGAGCAGCAGACCCAGACGCCAACCCAUUCGCUGGGCUCCGGAACCGGAUCCGGAUCCGGAUCGAAGUCGAAGGGCAAGUCCGAAAGGGGCGACUCUUUUCCAAAGUUGCGCCUGUCGCCGAAGGCGUUCCGGUUCAGCGGCCGCUUUGGUCGCAGCAAGAGCGAGAUCGAGAAAUGCCCACCGGACUCGUUCCACAACUACAGCAAGUCCUUCCAGGAGCAUCACUGCGACUGCAUGUUGGCGCCUUUCAGCGGAGCCGGGGUAUCCGGGGGUAUUGGCAGCAUCACUCUGGGACCCGACGGCGGGCCGCAGGGCUCCGUGGACAAGCCGUUUCUGCUGCACGACGGCCGGGUCGGACUAAAGGCCAGCCUGGACAAGGGCUGGUACACGCACGGCGAGGACGUCAAUGUGACCAUUGAGAUACGCAACGACAGCCGCAAGACGGUGCGCAAAGUGAGGGUCUGCGCCAUUCAGCAUGUGGACGUCUGUAUGUUCAACAAUGGGAAGUUUAAGAAUGUUGUGGCUGACUCGGAGCAAAUCUCGCCGCCGGUGGACCGUACCGUAAGCCCGGGUGCCACGGUCAAUUCGGUGGUGGUGUUGCGGCCCCAGCGCGGCCAGACCAAGAACUGGAUCGCGCUGGAGGACUCUCUGCAGCGAAGCACCGAGCCCGACGAGAUCACUGGCGAGAUAGCCGCCUCGGCCAUACGUCCACCCCACUAUGUGGUGCCGAACGUGCAGCAGGCCGGGCAAUCCCUGCCCAGUCCGGCCAUGGCCAUGCCCAGCGCCGACAUGCCGCCACAGCAGGGAAACGCCACCACCACGUCGACGGAGGAUCGGAACAUCUUCGCCAUCUAUGUGUCUUACUACGUUAAGGUAAAGCUCACUCUGAGCAGCAUGGGUGGCGAACUGUCGUUAAAGCUCCCCUUCGUACUGGUGCACGUGGAUGAGACCAGGCGCCCGGGCUUCGCAUCGGCCACCCUCGGCGAGCUACGCAUCGAGAUGGAGAAGCUGGCGCUCCACGACGCACCCGCCGGGCGGCGUGCCGGCCGCCGCGAUCCCCCAUUGGGGGCCGAGAGCGCGGACGGGCCGUCCACCAGUGCCGCUGCCACGGCCGCCAGCUCGUCUGGAGGUCACCUCGACCGCAUCGAGUCGGCGGACGACGAGUUCCACAUACACAUUCCAGUAUCUUCCGCCUCGCACAAGCGGCGACUGCAGCGCAGCGAGACCCUGGCCAGGGAUCUCGAGGAGAGCGAUGAGCACUUGGCCGAGCCGCACGAGGACCAGGAGGAGCACAUUGUCCAGAUCCAUCCGUCGCAGGAGCCCAUCCGGGUGGAGAGAUCACAGCAGACGGAUGACGAGCAGGAGCGGGCUCAGGCUCAGGCUCAGGCCCCUGGCGCCGAGACUGGGGCCGUGCCCAAGUCCACAGAUGUCUGAUUCUGAUUGUUGUCCCAGAUGUUUGCCAAGCGCAAGAGAAAGCCAUAGGGGUGGGGGGUGGGGAUUGGCAGAACGGGGGCGGACUAGCGUACGAAGGGCAGAAGGGCGUAGGAGGGCAGCAGGGGAUGAACAGUUGAGGCGUAGGGGAGUAGCAAGGGUCAGAGGCCAGAGCGAAUGGGCAGAAGAAAGGCUGAGAACGAUGUGAACGGUAGACAGGGGGUGCAAAUCUAAGUAGUAUUAGUUAUUGACUAUAUUUCGAAUAAACACAAAAAAAUAACAAAAACAAAACAAGUUUCAGUUUCGGUUUCAGGAGCCCAGGACUCGGAAGAGUCCCAGGCUAACGCCCAGCUCAAAGGUUGAGAAAUAUGUUAAUCAAAUAAAGUUAAGGAGACCCACAUUUGGUUUCCACGAUUGAGAGACGCGAUUGAAAGACUUUAGUCGGUGUAGAAUUAGGAGCAGAAACCACACAGAGAAUUCCAGGCUGCCAGGCUGCUAAGAUUCGAGGAUCGAUCGAUCGAGUGGAAUGGAAUGGAGAGGUAUUCGUUUUCAGAGUAUUUAUAUUAGUUAUGAUGGAGGUCCUGCCGUGUUUAGACAAUGAAAACCAGGUGAAAUUUUUUUGAUUCGUGCUAGGAUUUCAGUCGAAACUGGAUUAAAGGAUGCGGGAUGCAGAAUGCAGAAUGCAGGAUGAAGGUGGAAAGCAAAGUCGAACUUGGCGUUGAAAUACCAUAGAAAUAGCAUCUGUGGAUGGUACGUGGAUAGUCCUAAGAUAGUAAGCUAAUAUGUAUGUGUAAGAGGACAUCAUUGGAUGUUCGAUAGUUGAUAUUAAUCCCAAUACAAUGCAAUGCAAUGAAUUUAUGAUAUUGCUGACAAGAUAUACAUAAUUGAAAUGAAAUUUGAAAUCGCUUGGAUCUAAUCAGAGAAUCAUGGCGUAAAUACCAUCUGUAUCGAAUGGAAAUUGCAGAGAAUUGGUGGCCAAACCAACUAAACUUAAUCAACCAAUACUAACUAAUACCGUACGGUACUGUGCGGUACUGUACUGUGUGUUUUUUUUAGACUCGUAAGUGAAUGUGUAGUUCAAUGAAAUACAAUAUCAUAUACAACUCUGAUUGAUGUGCAACUAAUACUACAACAACUAAUUAUACUAAUAUACAAGAAUACAAUUACGAGUACAGCCACAAUAUACAAGUCCCACACAGAUACAUAAAUGCAUACAUACAAGCAAGAAAUAAGUAUUCUAUAGAAAUCUAUGUCUACAAUAUACACAUAUACAUAUGUAGGUACUAUAUUGUAUUCCAUAUUACAACUAUUUUAUGUGUAUUUACAAAACGUACGACAAAACGACAGAACAAAGAAAAACUAAUUACGAAAUAACCAAUACAAAGAAACCAACAAAACAAAAAAUAGUAUACAAUUUAGUGCUCGUUAAAUACGAAAUACGAGAUACAAAUACCUACUGUAUGUAAAUCUAAAUGUGAAAAUCUUGUUGCGGUUUCAAGCAGAAGAACGUAUUUACAAAACAAAACACACACACAACACCUACAUAUGUACAUCCAAUGGAAACAAUCGCAUAUCGGUGCGGGUUCAAGAGCCCCCCCUCCGACCCGCAGAGGUCCCGGGCCCGGGCCAACUCAACCAGUAUUGAAUUGAAUCUAUGAAUUAAUUAAUUCAAUUAGGAAUUGCAAAUCAAGCACAAGCACAGGCAAAACCAAAGCAAAGCCAAACCAAACCGAAAACCGAAAACCAAAAACAAAAAUAAAAGCGCGUGGAGGUCGACGAGGCAUAGAGACAGAGGCCGCCCACAUUCAUAAUCGAGAAUCGAGAAUCGAGAAGAUUUAUCACAGGGACGAAUUUUCGGAGAAGCUCCAUCUCGGUGUACUACGAACCAGAACAAAACGUCUACAAUAGCUAUAGUUUUUGAAAGUUUAUUGAAGCCUCGCGAUGCUUCGAUGCAGGCCAUUUACCAAAUUUGCCCGAUUGAGUCCUUAUAUUUUUGUCCUUUGGAUGUCUCCAGAGGUUGAUAUACGAGUGUGUAGUCUGGGAUAUGGCCUGGUCAGAACCAUCAUCAAUGAAGCACAAAACCAAACACGAAACUAAAUUAAUAACGAUUUUAAAUGCAUAUUCAUAUGAAUUUAUCCAAAAUCCAAGUACAUAUAUGUAAGUGUCUAGAGAGUUAUUGGGCAACACAGAACACACGACACGAAAUCCAUUGAAUAAGCCAGAAUUUAUGAAUUUAGCCGGGUUGGGGCGCCUGUUAACGGAGUAAACUCCAAUUAACAAUUUGGCUAAAAAGCCAACCGACAUACACAUAUAGACACAUAUAUACUCAUAUUAGACAAGCUAUACUCGUACAUAGAUUAGGGGCAAAAUACUCGAACAAUAAGGAAUACAUAAAGAAUACAGAAUAGUAAUACAAUAACCGAUACUAUAGCCGUUCAUUGUCGUUCAUCGUUAUUGAUGUGCAUUUUUGUGUGUGUGAAUGUGUGAUUUCGAAAACAACUAUAAAUCUAUAUACAAGUAAACAUAUGUGAUGCAUUUCUAUGAGUACACUGAGGAUGGAGAUCCUACUUCGCGUACACUUGGGCAUACUCUAUAUACAAACAAAGAUAUACACGGCAAAAGCAAAAAGAACUAUAUUAUUAUACAUGUAUAUUGUAUACCUACCUACCUACCUACCUACUUACCUACCUACCUUCCUACCUACCUACCUACCUACUAGAUGGCUAUUUAGAACUAAGUCUUGAUAAAAUACAGCAUACAUCCAUGCAUAGAUACAUACAUACAUACAUACUCUAUAAUGUACGAGUUGGACUCUAAGCGAAGCUUGCCCACACGUUUUUUUGGUGUUGUUCUCUUGAUGGGUUGCUCUGUCACCAGGCUCUGGGGCCAGAUAGGAGUGUGGGCCUCUUGAUUGAUGGUCCACCGCAACAAGAGGGGGCACAGGGCUGGUUUUUGUGGGCUCCGGGGCUCUGGGGACAGACAGACCGCACUAGGACAUCCGAAAACAUAAUACAAUAAAUGUUUAGCAUACAAUCUAGCCCGAAA